AUGGGGUCCGAAUCCGAGAAGAAGGGUCAUUCUCCAGCAGAGGACUCUGCUGUUGCUGCGGAGAGUUCGCCAGCCGAGGCAGUGAAGGAGGAAGGCGGCGCUUUCAAGGCCUAUUUGAGGAUCUUCUCAUAUGGAGGGACUUUCGAACGCACUCUCCAGGCCGUCUCUAUACUGUGCGCAAUAGCUUCUGGUGCUGGAAUUGCCCUUCAAAACUUGAUCUUCGGCAGCUUUGUUACCACCAUUCAGGACUUCACCACUGGGAACUCUACUCCGAGUCACUUCCGCGGUGAGGUCUCCAAGCUUGCUCUAUACUUUGUCUACCUAGGAAUUGCAAGGUUCGCCCUCGCAUAUGGUUACAUCUCCUUGACCACAUUCUCUGCCUACCGCAUAACAAGGAACAUUCGACACAAAUACCUACACGCAGCCCUCCGGCAAGAGGUUGCCUACUAUGACUUUGGCACCGGCGGCUCCAUCGCAACCCAGGCCAUCUCGAACGGACGUCUGAUCCAGGUCGGAAUCGCUGAAAAGCUUGCAUUAACGUUCCAGGGUUUGGCAGUCUUCGUCACAGCUUUCAUCGUUUCCUUCAUUACACAAUGGAAGCUCACGCUCAUCGUCUGCGGCAUCGCCCCCCUCAUUCUUGUUAUCAUGGGUGUCGCGUCCACCAUUGAGGCUGCACUCGAGACCAAGAUUCUCGACACCUACGCCCAGGCAGGUUCCUUUUCAGAGGGCAUUCUAUCAAGUGCCCGAACUGUUCACGCCUUCGAGAUUCGCGCGAGGCUGGUGCAAAAGUUUGACAAGUUUCUCCAAGAUGCCCAUAACCUCGGAAAGAAGAAGUCCCCCUUGUUUGGUAUCUUGUUUUCCACCGAGUAUUUCGUCAUUUACGCCGGUUUCGCCUUGGCUUUUUGGCAGGGUGUGCACAUGUUGAACCGGGGUGAAAUUACUGAAUCCGGUGACAUCUUCACUGUCCUUCUAUCCGUUGUCAUUGGUACAACUAGUCUCACCAUGCUUACCCCCUACAUUAUCGAGUUCACCCGUGCCGCCUCCGCCGCCGCUCAGCUGUUCAAGCUCAUCGAUCGAGCUUCCGAUAUUGACCCCUUUGACAAGUCUGGUGAGCAACCAACUGAAACGAUAGGAGUUGUCGACCUUGAGAAUAUCACAUUCGCGUAUCCGACCAGACCCGGCGUUACGGUGCUGGAUAACUUCUCCCUUCAUGUCCCGGCAGGCAAAGUCACUGCCCUUGUCGGUUCCAGUGGUUCUGGCAAGAGCACAAUCAUCGGUUUGAUUGAGCGCUGGUAUAACCCCAAAGCUGGCACCAUCAAGCUUGACGGUCGGCCUAUCGACCGCCUGAACCUCAACUGGCUUAGGAAGAAUGUCCGACUUGUUCAACAAGAGCCUGUUCUAUUCCAGGGUACCGUGUUUGACAACAUUGCCAAUGGAUUGGUUGGAACACAGUGGGAAAACGCUCCUCGUGAGGAACAAAUGAAACGCGUGCAGGAAGCCGCAGAGAUUGCCUUCGCCCACGACUUUGUCUCACAGCUUCCCGAGGGAUAUGAUACCAUGAUUGGCGAACGCGGAGGUCUCCUUUCCGGCGGACAAAAGCAACGUGUCGCAAUUGCUCGUAGCAUUAUCUCGCAACCCAAGGUUCUACUCCUAGACGAAGCCACCAGUGCUCUUGACCCUCACGCAGAGGGUGUGGUGCAACAGGCUCUCGACAAGGCAUCCGAAGGCCGCACGACUAUCGUCAUCGCUCACAAGCUUGCCACCAUUCGCAAGGCGGACAACAUCGUCGUGAUGAAUAAGGGAACAAUUGUCGAACAAGGAACGCACGAGGGACUGCUUAAGCAGGACGGUGCUUACACCCGUCUGGUCAGAGCCCAGAACUUGUCUGUUUCUGAGGAAGGAUCUGUCACCGAGACAGAGGGAGAUGAUGAGGACUCUACUCCAAAGGAUCCGAAGGAUAACAUUGAACUUACGACGACGAUGAGCCGUUAUCGAACCACAGAUCGAACCCGUAUGGAGGCCCAAAAGGAGCGAGACAAUUAUGAUCACCAUAAACACAAGGGCCUCUUAAGCGUUGUUAUUCGAAUGGUUCGUGAGACUCCAGAGUUGAAGUGGGCCUAUCUGUCUACCCUGGCUGCUGUCGUCGUUGCCGAUAUCCUAGCUGGUGCAUUUCCCGGCCAGUCAUUGGUCAUUGCGAACCUCGUCGACGUAUUUACUCUGACGGGAUCGCAAAUGAUUUCCCGCGGCAACUUCUUCUCUCUGAUGUUCUUCGUACUAGCCCUUGGCGUCUUCGCCUGCUACUUUGCUAUGGGAUGGGCGACAAAUCUAAUUGCGCAGGGUCUCAACCACAAACUCCGUCGCCAGGCACUCAAUGAUUUUCUGAGACAAGACCUUCAGUUCUUCGAUCGCAGCGAGAACAACACUGGAGCGUUGGCUAGCAAGCUUGAGUCCAACCCUCAGUCCAUUCUGGAGCUCAUGGGCUUCAACAUCGGCCUCAUCCUGAUAUCGACCUUGAAUGUUGUCGCGUGCAGUAUCCUCGCGAUAGUUACAACAUGGAAGCUUGGCCUUGUCGUCGUGUUGGCUGGUAUGCCGCCUCUUGUGAGCUCGGGUUACAUCAAAGUCCGUCUUGAUGCCAAGCUCGAUAACAACACGUCGAAGCGCUAUUCGGCGAGCGCCGCGAUUGCAUCGGAAUCAGUCACUGCCAUUCGUACAGUGUCUUCUUUGGCUAUUGAAGAGUCCGUUUUGAAAAGAUACACCGACGAACUUGAUCGCGCCGUCAGAGCUUCCACCACCCCGCUAUUUACCAUGACGAUUGCUUUUGGUCUUACUCAGUGUAUCGAAUACUUUUUUAUGGCCCUUGGUUUCUGGUACGGUUGUCGCUUGCUGUCAUUCAAUGAGAUUAGCAUGUAUCAGUUCUUCGUCGCUUUCAUGGGCACUUUUUUCUCUGGUCAAGCUGCUGCCCAACUCUUCCAGUACUCUAGCAGUAUGACCAAGGGAAUCAACGCCGCAAACUAUCUUUUCUGGCUCCACGACUUGCAACCGACCAUCCAAGAAACGCCAGACAACAAGGACAAGGCACCCAAGACCGGUACCUCACUUGACUUUGACCACAUUCGGUUCUCCUACCCCCUGCGCCCUGACGCCCACGUUCUUCGUGGAAUCGACUUGGAGGUCAAGAAGGGUCAGUUCGUCGCCCUGGUCGGUGCUUCGGGCUGCGGCAAGAGCACGAUGAUCGCCAUGCUUGAACGAUUUUAUGAUCCCACCACCGGUGCGAUCCGUAUAGACGGUGAUGCCCUUUUGGAUCUUAACCCGCGUCUCUACCGCCAAUUCGUGGCUCUUGUCCAACAGGAGCCGACCCUUUUCCAGGGCAGCAUUCGAGAGAAUAUUGCAUUGGGAAUUGACUCAGAUUCCCUUACAGAUGUGCCUGAUUCGCAAAUUGAGGAAGCUUGCCGCGCCGCUAAUGCGUGGGACUUUGUUUCUUCUCUUCCUGAGGGCCUGGCGACACCCUGUGGAAACAGCGGUAUGCAGCUUUCAGGAGGCCAGAGGCAACGUAUUGCUAUCGCAAGGGCUCUGAUCCGUAACCCAAGGAUAUUGCUGCUUGACGAGGCGACCAGUGCCCUCGACACGGAGUCAGAGAAGGUCGUGCAGCGGGCCCUCAACGAGGCGGCACGCGACGGUGAGAGGAUAACGGUUGCUGUUGCCCAUCGUCUGUCGACCGUCAAGGAUGCAGACAUGAUCUGCGUCUUCUACGGCGGCAAGAUUGUGGAGAAGGGCACGCAUGCACAGUUGGUUGCGAAGGGAGGCAUGUACAAGCAGAUGUGUGAGGCGCAGAACCUCGAGUAG